AGAAGCUGAGGGAAGACGAGGACCUUGUGAAGCUCGGCUUUGGCACCCGAGACGGCUUCAGGAUGCGGGCCGUGCGGAUCAGGCGGCCACGGGUGGUGGAGUUGUCCAGGAUGUGGGACCUGUACGCGGAGGCCUACGACGCGUACCGCAGGGGCGACCUCCAGGCCGUCGUGCAGGAGGCCCGCCGGAGGGUGGCGCUCGUCUUCGAGGCGUGGGCGGCGCUGCUGCGGCCGCCCCUCGGGGCCGACGGCGAGGGCGCCGCGACCAUGUGCCCCAAGAGCCGGCAGCUGCCCCGAAGCGGCGAGAAGCAGCCUGGGACCCGCGG